GCCAAAAAAAGAACAAGGAGCCAGUAGGAGGGAGGUGAAGAAGAGGAGGAGUAUAGUGAAAUUUUUACGCAGAGGUGCAAGGCUGACAGAUCACUGCUGCCUUUGCUGUCCGCUUGGAUCGCAGCAAGUGAGGAGAUUGGGAUCAACUUCACGGGACGAUGUGUGCUGACAGGAUGGUGAUGACGGACCUGUUGAAAGCGGAGGAGAUCAAGAAAGCUCUUGAUGCCUUUGCAGCAGAGACGUUCAACCCUAAAAAGUUCUUCGACUUGGUGGGAAUGACGGCCAUGUCAGCCGAAAGCGUCAAGCAGGUCUUCCGGGUCCUGGAUGUGGAUGGAAGCGGGUUCAUAGAAGAAGAAGAACUCAAGUUCGUCUUAAAGGGAUUUUCUGAGGAUGGCAGAGACUUGACAGACGACGAGACAAGAGCAUUCCUCAAAGCAGGCGACAAAGAUGGUGAUGGCAAGAUCGGGAUUGACGAGUUUGAAGCGAUGGUGCAUGAGUAGGAGACAGCAGGGCAUCCUUCACCUCCUCUUCAUCCUCCCUGCAUCCAUAGUUUGUACCAGUCACCAUCAAACUCCUCUCAUCUCAUCUCCCCGGGGGGAAGCCUACGCAUGGAGUACGACCGGCCUACCCGCCUCCCUGCCUGCUCGCCCGCUACAACAGGCAGCGUCCCACAGGAGGAACGUUACCGGAUUUUAAUUUAAUGUUACAUUCAGUAUGAAAUCUGUAUGCUGUGUCAGGGUCCACAAUCCUCCUUGAUGAGCGCAUAAAGAUAGCUUGGUGCUAGUGAUGUUGUAUCCCAGCUCGUGCUUUCUUGGGUUCUUUUGUCAUGUUUAUUUAAUGUUUUGUUCAGUCUUCCUACCCUCAUCCACCAUCCACACAACAGUGAAAUGAGAAAAGACUGUAAGAACUGGUAAUAAAAAGUAUGGAGUAA